GUACCUUGUCCUAUUGACCCAAAACCCCAUCUAUUUCUCCGCCACGUGUCCCCUUCCCCCACUUCAUUUUAAAACCACGCCUCCGCUCUCAAGAAACCUCUCAUAUCCUGAGUAGAAAAAAACAAGAAAAGAAGAUGACUAACGAACAAAAGAAUGGUCUGCCGGAGAUAAAGGUGGAGGUGGCUGAGGAAAACUUCAUAAUGAGCGGUCCGACUCCAGAUCGCCGGAAAUUUGGUCACCGGAAGAGUGACGUCAUGCACGUCGUUUUAAGACUGCUCUGUCUUUUAACAUGUGUCACAUCAGUCUCUGUAAUGGCUACUGCCAAACAAGCUUCUACCAUUUCUCUCUAUGGCUUUAGCAUCCCUGUCUUCUCCAAGUGGUCCUUCUCUGAUUCUUUUGAGUACUUAGUUGGAGUUUCAGCAGCUGUAGCCGUUUAUUCGUUGCUUCAACUGCUCAUUAACAUACCAAGGGUACUGCGAAAAACUCUCGUGAUUCCUUCGAGAAAUCAUGCAUGGAUCGUUUUUGCUGCGGAUCAGAUAUUUGCAUAUGCUAUCAUGAGUGCUGGAUCAGCUGCAUCUGGUGUCACGAACCUGAACCGUACAGGGAUCCAACAUUCUUCUCUGCCAAAUUUUUGUAAACCAUUGCAUAUUUUCUGCACUCGAGUGGCUGUAUCCAUAGCCUUCACGUUUUUCAGUUUCUUCUUGCUAGCCUUGACAGCAGUAAUUGAUGUAGUUUGGUUGUCCAAGUACUAAAUUUCUCCUUGUUAUUGGUAAAUACUUUGUUAACUGAUGCUUUUGGUUCUGUUUACGAUAUUGUGUAUGAAUCGCUGGAUUUUACUAUAACUUGAAUGCAUUUCUUGAGAGUUCUAGUUCUA